AUGUUCGGGGGCCGGGCCAGUCCUCUCUUCCUGGACACUUCGGAGAUCUGGUGGCAGGACCCGCCGUCCCUGCAAGCGGAGGCGGCGCCCUGGGACGUGGCAGAGGUGGCAGCCGUGUGCAAGGCAGCGGAUGAGGGCUCGGACCCCAGCCCCCAGGAGGAGAACAGCGCGGAGGAGGAGCAGGAUGUUCAGGACCCGGAGCUGGAGGCCAUCAAAGCCAAACUGCGGGAAAUAGAGAAGGAGGAUGAGAGGCUGAAGGAGCUGCAGCUGGAAGCUGACAAUCACCUGUUCAUGAGCUCAGAAGCAGCUCUCUUCCCACUGACUACCAAGGAGAAGAUGGAGGCUGACCAGCGUUCCAUCUACGUGGGCAAUGUGGAUUACGGGGGCACAGCAGAAGAGCUGGAGUCUCACUUCAACAGCUGUGGGCAGAUCAACCGCGUCACCAUCCUGUGUGACAAGUUCUCGGGCCACCCCAAAGGCUAUGCCUACAUCGAGUUCGAGGAGCAGAGCUCCGUCAAGGCUGCGGUGGAGCUGGACGAGAGCAUCUUCAGGGGCCGUGUCAUCAAGGUGCUGCCCAAGAGGACCAACAUGCCCGGCAUCAGCAGCACGGACCGCGGCGGGUACCGGGGCUGCUUCCACGCCCGGGGCGGGCUGGGCCGCUGGGGGGGCCCCUAUGGGCAGCAGCCCCGGGUCAGGGGGAGAACCUACAGGGGUCGGGCAAGGCUGCUGCCUUGGUAUUUUCCAUACUAG